AUCACCCACCCCCCAGCUAAGAUGGCCGCUGUCUUUACCACAUCGCUGUGGACGUCACGGAAUUAACGCAAUCCGGGCCAGAUCACCGUGCGAGUGGGCGGCGAUUUGACGAAGGCACGCCACCGGGGAUAUUGCAUGUACACAGGCACAGAAAUGACUCGUAGUUUCACGGCGUCACGAGCCAACAACGGUCCGCGGGCACUGCUGUGGACAUAUUACCCACCCAAGAUGGCCGCGUAACGUCACGGCGUCGAGUGACGGUGGAGCUGCGACGCUCGUGGGGCGAGCGGGCGGGCGGGAGGCAGAGAUGGCGGCGCGCGUGGUGCGGCGUGCGCUGAGCCUGGGAGCCGGGGUCCGCCCGGCCGCUUCGGUCUCCCGCUGGCAGAGGCUGCUCAACUCGAGGAUCGGUGUGUGGUGUAAGAGCCUGCUGAGCGACUACACCGACGCGUGCAAGGACGUGGUGGUGGGCGCCUGGGAGCGGCCCUUGCGCGCCGCGAUCUACACAGCGGUUCUGGCCGGCGCUGUUGUCUCCGCGAGGACGGCGCCGGACGAGCACUCUUUCCAGGUGGCGCUACUGGAGGCGAGCGGAGAGCUGCUGCUUCUCUCCCCGUCGGAGCGCAGCCCCACCACGGACUGCCAUGUCCAGGCCCUGCUGAAGCACCGUGAGGGUGGCACCCUGCGCUUCAGCAACCUCUUAUUCUGCUCCGUGGUCUACUCAAGCCCCUACGCGCCCGAGUGUCAGCUGUAUGCAGCACAGUGCAAGAAUCUUAAGCCCAGAUGGGUGGAUUUCCCGUCGCGCGUGCUGGAUGUCGGCUUUGGCGGGCGUUGGUGGAUGCUUCACAAGAAGGCGCACGACUAUGACAUCAACGAUGGGGAGUUUGAGCAGCUGUCACCCGCCCAGCGCAUUGUCUUGCAUGAGGACUUACACUCGCAGCGCAAUGAACAACUCCACGAGCUGCGCUACCGGCAGCCGGUCACGCUCACCGAUGAACAAGUGCGGCAAGCCGAGCAGGUGCGGCAGGAACCGCUCUCGGUAAAGGUUUAGAAUGAGCCAGUGUGGACUUGCUGUAUUUUUAUCAGCGCUAAAUCAUCUGGCUGGAUGCGCAUGUUGAUUACACCCAUGUCACCGGGUCAUUCUUCAUGGAGAUGGUGGUUUAACUCUGGAAUGUGUCACAUACCGAUUCCGAAGGAGAAUUGCCAAAGCGUUUUGUGUGCUGUAAAAAAAAAAAUCGGAUUUUAUUUACACUACAAAGCUAUUGUGUGGGCCAUGGGGCGCUGACAUGGCCAAGCGGUUGUGGGUUUGCCGCUUUUUUCAUAUAUAUCAGUUCGAAUCCUGAAAGCCAUCCUGGUUAAUGCAGCAGGUGUCUUAACGAUUAAAUACAUGGUGUAUACUUAAUAGUAGAUGUUAAAGAUCUUGUGGCAAUUCAGAAAGAGUAGGCCAUUGUGUACCAUCGUCAUGGUCCAAACUUGAAAGAAAAAAAUAAAAUUGCGAUAGCACUAAAAUAUCCACUUGCAGGCCAGUGAUUAAAGUCACCUCAUGCCGAAUAGGGAAAACUACAACUAGAAGUCCCCAUCGAAUGUUUGAGAUGAUAUGUGAUUGAUGCAUAGACGUGCCAUACAAAUGCUAAAAUUAUAAAAGUAGUACAGGGAUGGGUUAUACACCAAAAAGUUAAUAAAACUAAAUUAAAAGUUUUAGUGGCUCUAAUCUGACAUGGAGAGUUCGGAAAAAUGUUUAAUGGAGAAAAAAAGCUUGGUCACCAAUGCCUUACUAUUGCCCCUUACAAGUCCUUUGUGGUAGGGACAAUGGUAAUAUGAAAAACAAAUUUGUCUCCCUCCUAAAAAUAUAAUAAUGCGGUGAAAUUCUCAGAUGGAUACUCUCAGCCAGUGGUGAAAAUUCCACAUUUACAUGACAAGCGCCAUUUCCUUGAUAAGACGAGUGCUGUCGACUUUUGCGCAAAGUAGCUGUACUCAUUCAUCCGAGAGGGAUGGUGAUGAGCUAAAUUGUCAAUCCCCGACUGAUUUGAACUCGCCACCUUCCAAUUGCGAGUUGAGUGUUCUGAUACAUUGCCACCUUACCAGAUGGUCCUCUUAUAACUAAGUGUGUAUGUAUACAUGUCAUUACAUCCUGUGUUAUAAUGUA